AUGGAGUUAGGGAACAUCUCGCAGCCGGUGUACGGCCCCGGCCCCGAAGCUCCAGGGAGCAGCACGCUGGGCCUCGUGGGGAUGGUGCGCGGCUGCCUGCGGCUGGUGCAGCCCAACGCCCUGCCCGUAGAACUGAUUGCAGAUUUUGGGCAGCCCCAGAAUGACGAGGCCUUCAGAGAGCAAAUCCAGGAGCUGCUGCUCUAUGAACUGGGUUUCCUGGUCUGCAUGGUUGUUGGGCUCCUCUUCAUCAUCCUUGUGCCCCUGAAGCAGGGCCGGCGGAUGGGCUGCCGGCGUCGGGCACUCUGGGCCUCCGUCCUGCUGGUCUCUGCUCUUGUCCUGGCUGGCAACGUCUGCGCCUUUGUCAGCAACACCCGCUUCUCCCAGGCUGUGUAUGGCACCUUUCCCAACGUCAACGGCACCCUGGGCAACGUCCGCACCUACCUGGCCUCCAUCCCCCAGCAAAUCAAUUUCAUCGUUGACAGCAGCGAUGUCCCGCUGGACCACGCCAACCGCAGCCUCCAGGACAUUGGGCCCAAGCUGGGUGGCAUGAUCGUCUUGGACAUCAGGAGCAGCACAGAUGGGGCUCUGGCAUCCCUCCAGAGCCUCUUGCAAGGGAUGGAGGUGCUGGCGGCCGCCUUUGGCAGCAUCACCCGCAACGUGUCCCUGGACAGCCUUGCCUUCGCCACCAACUUCAGCACGAUCCCCGGGGUGGAGCAGCAGCUGGAAGCACUGCGUGAUGUGUCCGACUCCAACGUAGCGGCCGAUUUAGAGAAGGUUAACAGCACGCUGGACAUGAUCCCUGCCAAGGUGCAAGAGCAGUCCCAGGACGUGGUGACAGAGACCCAGGACAAGCUCGGCCUUAUCAGGCAGGAGAUCAGGAGCUUGCAGGAGCAGCUGCCGCUCCUGGACGGGGAGGAGAACAUCGGGGCCUUUGUGCGCAAUGCCAUGUUGGUGCUGGAGGAGUACAGGGAGCCAAUCAUUGCCUUGGAUGGGCUGAGGUGGAGGGUGUGUGUCCUCCUGUGCUGCAUGGUGCUGCUGGUGGUCCUCUGCAACGUCAUCGGGCUGCUGCUGGGGCCCCUGGGGCUGAAGGAAAGUGUGCUGCCCACCCAGCGCAGCAGCCUCUCCCACGCUGCCGGGAACUUCUUCAUGGCAGGGGUCGGCUUCAGCUUCAUCUUCUCCUGGCUGCUGAUGCUGCUGGUGCUGAUCACCUUCGUGCUGGGGGGGAACAUCUACAUGCUCGUCUGUGAGUCCUGGCGCAGCCAGCAGCUCUUCCAGCUUCUGGACACCCCUGGCGUGAUCCCUGGCUUCAGCCUGUCAGAGCUGCUGGGUCAGAAGGGUGGCACAGCAAACUUCUCGGAGAUGUACAGGCAGUGCCAGCGAGACGCUGCCCUAUGGCAAAUGCUGCACCUGGACCAGAGCGUGUCCCUGGACGAGCUCUUGAACAUUAGCCAGUACACAGGAGAGAUCUCCACGGCAUUUGAGAAGAUGAAUGUCACCCUUAGCCCCAUCUCCCUGCUCAAACAGAGCCAGAAAGACAUGCUGUUGAAUGCCAGCCGGGCUGGGCAGCCCCCCAACUUCACCCUCACCCUGGAGCAGCUGGAUCAGAACGUGACCCAGGAAAGCCUCCUGGAGCUGGCCGCAGAGCUGGAGCAGCUGGCCGACAAAGCGGGCGAGGACGUGAAAGAGGACCUGAAGGCUGAUGCUGUCAAGCUGAGGGAGCUGGACAAGGAGAUGCAGACGAGCUUCUCUGGGCCGCUGCAAAGCCUUAAGGAGAACAUCCACUUGGUGCAGAGCAGGGCUGCCCAUAUCGAGGCACAGACAGAAGCUGCGCUGGACAAAGCCACUGAAAGCCAGGAGUUCCUGGAGAGGGAGACAACAAACAUCAUCAAGAACGAGACGUGGGCCUUCCUGGAGGAGCUGUUGGACUUCUUUGAAACGUACAUCUCCUGGGCCAAAAGCAGGCUGACGGGAGACGUGGCACGUUGCAAACCCAUAGCUCAGACCUUUGAUAGCAUGGAGGCCAUCACCUGUGAUUAUAUCCUGGACUCUCUGAACACCUUCUGGUUCAGCCUGGGCUGGUGCACCUUCUUCCUGCUGCCCAGCAUCAUCCUGGCCGUGAGACUUGCCAAGUUUUACCGCCGCAUGGACAUUGCUGAUGUCUACAGGAAUGAAGCCUUGGAGAUGCCACCCAUGUUUAACUUCUACAAAAUCCCCCGGCCGUCCACAAGGCAUUAG